GCCCUAAUAAUUUAAGGAAAAUUUGAAUUUUCUACGGAAAAUUGAACACUAUCCUCGAGUUUAAUUUAAAUUAAAUAUUUUCAGAGCGAUAUUUCUAGAAGUCGAUUUGAAAAAAAAAUGACAUUGACGUUCAAUGAUAUUUUUUUCGCAUGGAAAUUGAUAAGAAUUUGUAAUGGUGUCAAAAUAUUUUAUUAGCGAAUCUAGAUAUGGUACAAUGAAUUUUUUACGUUUUUCAUGCGCCAAAACUUUCGAGCAAAUAAGUAAGCUUAGAAACUCUUGACCAGCAGCAGCUUACAUGAAGAUGAGUUGAAAUGAAGAAAACUUAUAACCUAAUAGAUAUUCAACAAAAAGAGGGCUUGGAGCUCUCCAAAAAGCUCUAUAGAACAAUAAGUGAGCAUGCUAAACGUUUAGACGAUGCUCGCAGCUGUAUACGUACAGUACCAGAUUUAUUCACGCCCGUACUCAAAGCACAGCGUAGAAAGUUUUGCGAUUAUUGCGAAAGGCUGAUUUUCUCAGAUCCAGUGUUAUAUGGCCGAAAGUUGGAAGAACUACUAUGGAGAAAAGGGUUUUAUGAAGUAGUAUCAACAGCCAAAAGCAUCAAAAAGAAGGAGUUUACUUCUGAUGAGAUAUCUUGUCUCUGUGCUCAUAUAAACGCAGGAAUAGGGUUUUACCAUCACAUUUUAUCGAAAUUACAGUGGCAGUUCAAGCUAAACUUAAAAAAUAUCAUCGAUUGCUGUUUAAUUUUUGAAGAAAGCCAUGAUUCAUCUGAUACAAGUUUGGAGGCUUUGGAGUGGGCUAAGCAGUCAGUACAUCAGUGCCUAAUUUACCUCGGGGAUUUGUGCAGGUAUAAACUUGAAAUACAACCAAAUACAGGACCAUCACUAGCAAGCAGGUACUACCUACAAGCAAUUUCAUACAAACCUCAAUAUGGGAUGCCUCACAACCAAAUGGGCACAUUAGCGAUGAGCCAAAACAACUUUCUGGAUGCAGCCUAUCAUUACUUACGUUGUUUAAUGUGUAAACAUCCUUUCGAAGGGACCAGCAACAAUUUACUGAACCUGUUUGAAAACAAUUCUAAAAUUAUCGAGAAAUUGACCUUAAAUGACAAUGAAGAUGCUGAUUGUAUUGUUGAACCCAGCAAGGCUGAAAGUAUUAAAUGUUUUAUUGCGAGAUUUUUAUUACUAAUAGACAUUUGGUAUUUUAAUAAAAAAGUGUCCAAAGUAUACAGUUUGUGUCACCAAACCAACAAAAACCUAGGAGAAUGUCUUGCCUUUUCUAAGUUAGCUUUGAGCGAAUCGGGCAUCUCUCCAACAACAGACGUAGAGAACUCAGAUGGAGAAAUUACAUCAAUCAGCAGCCAAAUGGUUUUUAAAAUUAUAGUUAUUUGCUUACUGACAAUUUCCAAAUUACAAACCGACAAUUCUGCCCAAUUGUCAACUUUAGUUGCAUUUACACUAAGUAUUUACUCUCAAAUCGUACAGAACAUUACCAGUAACAUACAGGAAGCUGUUUUAAAUUAUCCGUUACCGGAGGAUAGCAAGAAAACAAGUGGAAUUUUAAAGGAUUUGAUUUGCGGUAGAAAAAAGUCCAAAACCAAGCUGAGAAGGCGAAAAAUUGUUAAAGCAGAGAGUGAUGAAGAUUCGGACUUGAGUGAGAACGAAGAUGAUCUUGAGUAUAGUAGUUCAGAUGACUCGUUUAUUUCCGAUGACGAAAAUGUUCUGUUGGAAUCAUCAGAUGAAGAAGGUGAUCCUGUAAAGGUGUCGAGUGAGAGACUGUCCGAGAAAACCAAAGAUGAAGAAUUACCAGUAACAAACGGUUUAAAUCACGCUGAAGAAUCCGCAUCAAGUCAGCCAAAGAAUAAUUCGUCGGUUUUGAAAAAAGUGCAAAAAAUGAACGUCAACGACAUGUUGGAAAUUAUAAACGAGUCGGGAUCGUUGCAGAGCGUCAAAAUUAUGAACGACUGGCUAAAAUCCGACGAAGAAAUCAUAAAAUCUUGCGGAAGCAAUACCCAAACGCUAAUCAAACAGAUUGUGUAUUUGAUUAAUUUGUUAAAUAUCAACUUGACAAGCACCAAAAUAACUAAUAGUAUAAGGAUAUCGGAGAUUCUAAACAACGAAACUAAAAUUCCUCUUUCCGAAGAUGUCGUUUUAAAAAAUUUCGAUCUUUUCAAAGACACGCAGGCCGGUUAUGAUUGGAAUUAUCCCUUCAAGAAGAAUAUUGGAUUGAGAGAUGAGUCUAUUAUCAGAAUAGUGAAGAUUUUGUCUUUUGGAAAGAUUUUGACCAAAAUCGAGGAAACUGGAGUGACAUUCAACGAAGACAAAAAUAUUUUUGUUUGUAAAUCUGAAAAUGGAAUGGUAAAUGAGGGAGUUUCUGCUGCUGCCAUUAUGGAGGAAUUGGAACGUCAAGAACUAAACGCCACCCCAUCCAAAACCAGCCUGACCAAUGGCGACGUGCAAAAAACCAGCGCCACCUCCGACAAGAUGAAGCACAUGGGCCAGUUGUGGCUGGACGCCGAGGUUCGAGCGCUGGAGACUAAGGUGGGCGGUGCCAGACCGGCGCUUUCGCCAUAUUUGGUCCUGGACGCUGACGCCUUGAUUAAGUGUACGAACAUGGUCAAGCAGCUGGUCCAUGCGAGGAAGUUUAUUGUUCUUAUACCAGCAGCAGUCGUGUCCGCCUUGGACGACCUGAAAAAGCAAAAAAUCGAAGCGCGCGACGCCAUUCGCUGGCUCGAGUCCCAGUUCCACCGCGGCAACCGUUUCUUCCGCUCGCAACGACCUCAAGAACGGACACCCAUCCCCUUCAUCAAAUACCCCAAACGCAAAGACAAAGAGAUGCACCUCUACAUCCAGAUCGUGGAGUGCUGCCACUAUUUCGCCGAGCAGCAACGAGGCGCCAGCAACGUGGUCACGUUGCUGACCGGCAACCAGACCUUGCUGACCAACGGCGAGAACAAAGAGUUCAGUUACGUGGGGUUGGCGCAGUCGGUGGGGAUCGUGAUCGAGUCGAUCGCUUCAUUUUAUAAUCGAUGGAAAAAAGGCAAAGGGAACAGGUGAAGGAAUGGGAACAAAAUGAAACUGAGACAACGGGACAAAGGAAAGAUUUAUAAAAAAUAAAUAAAGGCGCGAGGGAAAACCUGAAAGAUUCUCCGAGGAAGAUGAAUUUUAACUUGUUUUUUUUUCUGCUUUCUCUCUGUUGAGGAUAUUAUUUAAUAUUAACCUUCACUUCUUAAAAAUAUUGUGCUUUCUUCACUACGUAUAUUUUCCUCUUAAUCCUUAUAAUUGACUAGUAUUGUUAUAGAUUUUUUAUUUCUGUUCUUUACUUUGUUUAAUAAAUGAUUUUGGAUUUUAAA